UGCGAGAUGAUCACAGGAUGUCGCCGCAAGACCUGAAGCAGAAAAGGAUGUGAGUGUCACUGGGAAGGCCGUACCUCAUGCCACUGUGUGGUUUUCCGGACUAUUUACAAGAGCAGUUACAAGCCAACCACGUUGCAGUGGAUCUGCUUCACACAUAGGUCGGACUAGAUUUCUGGACAAGAUGGCUGACGGUUUCCUCUCUUCCACUCGAUGAAGGCUCCAGUCUCGUCCUGCUGACGGCUCUGGCCCGAACUCACUGCGAUGUGGAGCUGCAUUCAGGGGAACCUUGGACCUAACGGCACACUCUGUGGAGAUGACCUCUGCCAGAACGUUGGCCUGCUCCUGUCCGUGGCCUCGAUGGCCUACCUCCUGGUCUGCUUCCCCCUGGGCCUCAUCUUCAACGUCCUUGUCCUCAUCGUCAACCUUCGCCACAAGCUGUCCAUCAACAUGCCGGACGUCUACUUCACCAACAUGGCACUGGCCGGCUUGAUACUUAACCUGGUGGCCUUCCUGCAACUUCUCAGCCCCGACCACCUGCUGUGGCCGGUGUGGGCUUUCGGCCGGGAGGUCUGCAUGGGCUCCUUCAUCCUCUUCAACAUGGCGGCUCUGGUGAGCAUCUACUCGGCUACGUUGCUGAGUCUGGACUGCUUCAUCGAGCAGGCCCUGCCCCACACCUACAUGUCCAGCGUCUACAAUACCAAGCAUGUCUGCACCUUUGUCUGGGGGGGAGCGGCGCUGGCGAGCUUCUCCUCCCUCCUCUUCUACAUUUGCAACAAAAUCUCCGACCAGACCCACGACUGCUCGCGACUGCAGACCAAGGAACUGGGGGACGCCAUCAUGUUCUUCACCGGUUUUCUGGUCCCCGCCGUGGGCGUGAGCUGCGCACUUGGCCUCAUCCUGCGGAAACGCCGGCCUCUAUGGCUGUCGGGGCCUCCCCGGCCGGAGCCCUCGGCCCAGAGGCUGCUGCUGGCCACGGUCCUGGUGCAGUUCGCCCUCUGGCUGCCCUACAAUCUGGCGCUGCUGGUGAGCACUGCCCACUUCAUCACGCGGGCCGAGGGCAGCGGCCGCUUCCUCAGCCGGCUUCACUUCCUGCGGGGUGCAUGCGAACUGCUGGCCUACCUGAGCACGUGCGCCGUGCCCAUCUUGUACAAGUACCUGCAGAAGGCCUUCGACACCAGGCUGAAGCUGGUCAUCCAGGACGUGCGGUGCGGGAUAAAGGGAAGAGCAGGCACUCGGAGAAAAGGGCACCAGCAGUGCAUCAUAACCGUCUCGGGGGCAGAAAUCUCACGCCAAUAAGCUUGUGUAUGUCCCCAAUCCAAUGGGGUAGUGGGAUAACUGUCCUGAUGCCACCCUUCCAGGAUACUACUGCCCGUGCUUCAUCCACGUCCACACAGCUGGGAAAACCACACCUUUACUGUGCAAGACAUCGCACCUCAAAAUGAAUGAAACCCUCCCCUGUUCCGUUAAGACUGAAGUUUAGAGGAGUGAGGGGUGACCUUAUUCAGAUCUAUAAGGGGGCUGAUAAUUUCACCAGUGUCACAAACAAGACAUGGUUACAAGACACUAUUCGUGUUACGCGUAAGCAGAGCAAGAACGACGAUGGAGUCGCAUUACUAAAUGUUUUUAACUGAGUUGUGUUGGUAAUGACGCGUAUGUGCGCUGAGCCCCGCCGAGGCGAUACGCACGCACACUUUAAAGCCCGCGGGGUCAAAGAGCGUGACCCCUCCGCGCGUAGGAAGCCCAAUCGAUUCGCCGCUCUGUCGAACGCACGCGCACUUGUAAGCCCGUGCCGCCAAAGAGAACGAGCCCAAACGAUUCACCGCGCUGCCAAAAUGGCCGCCUUCCCACUUGCCACGUUCUCACAGUCGAGCUGAUACCUGGCACAGUUCUUUCAUAUGUGAGCUGCACAGAGAUUUCUCUCUCAAGUGGGCACUGAAUGCCUCUGCCUCAGAGGGUGGGGGAUUCCAGAAAAUUGGAUUUAUUUAAGAUAGAACAGUACCACACAUUGCAGGCCCUUUGGCCUACAAUGCUUUGCUGCCCCUUUCAACCUACCCCACCCAUCCACCUAACUCUUCCCCCCUCUAUAGCCCAUAAUCCCCAUUUUUCUUUCAUCCGUGAUGUCCCUAAUGUAUCAGCCUCCACAUUUCAGGUGGAGAUGGAUAAAGACCUGAAAGGUCACAGGGAACUCUCACAAUCAGAGAGUUAAGACAGCACAGAUCAGCCAGUAAGAGGCAGGUUGGGAGGGCCUGGUGUCCGCCUCCAUUUUCAAGACUCAAGAUUGUUUAAUGUCAUUUCCAGUACACAAGUGUAACUGAGAACGAGAUCAUUGUUACUCCGGAUCUGA